ACACCCCAAGGGGCAAGGGCGGAUCGAGGGUCGUCAAAAGGAACGCCUACCUCCAAUCUGGUUUUGCCCACACGUUUUAUGAAAGCACUUCGAAGCACACGGGUUCGACGAUUAUUUCCAGAACUUGCACGAGAGUUGAUGCCAAAAAAAACAUCCCCAUCGAUUGCAUUUCACUUCAGUUCUCUCACGCGAAGUGCGUGAGCAAUGCCCUUACCCGAAUAAUGAGCACAUCUCGAAAAGACAAAGCCUUCGCAGGCUGCAGCAGCAAGUGUUGUUAGCGAGCAGCACCUGUGAAAGCCGACACGGCACCCGAUGGGCUGAGUGGCCAGCACCACGCCCUGCCGCCUUCGUGUCCGCAGUGGCGACCUUUACUACACACCGCACACAGGCACUCAUUUGAGGCCGAGUCGAUCUCGGUGAGGCGCAGAACCGGUUCCAAUAAUCAUCAAUGGUGUUGGCCGCGAGCGGGAAUCGAACACCAGUAGCGCAGUGCGCUAACCACAGACAACACACGCUUGCACGCGUGCACAUCGAACUCACCGUUUUGCCUCAAACCAAUCAUCCUUAACGAGUGUUUUUUGUUUGCAUUGCAGAGCUUACGAAGGAACAAGCACGAUGCACCAGGUAUAUCACUUCGCCGUAUACAUCUCCAUGACCGUAUUGGGCACGUUCGGGAAUAUAUUCGUCUUCAUCUUUCCUUUGCACGGUUCGUACAAGAGCAAGCAUCUCACCACCGCCGACCUGCUCCACGUGAACCUGGCCACGGGAAACCUCUUCAACAUCGCCUUCCGAAACAUCCCGGCGUUGAUCUACACCGGCACGGGGCAAUGCCCACUCGGAGACUCCGGCUGUCAGGUCGUCAUGCUCGGCUUCCUCGUCACCACCGCGGUCACCGUGUGGAACACGCUCGUGCUGAGCGUCUUUCGCUUCUUCAAGCUCAGCUGCUCCCUUCGCUGCCAGCGCAUCCUGCGGAAGGUGGAGACGCGGAAAAAGCCCGCGCUGUGCAUUCUCGUCGUGUGGUCCGCGUGCGGUGCCCUGUUCGCGCCCACCGCCGUGUUCACCCGGCGGACGGGCCCGCGGCGCGCCAACUCUAGCGAUCUGCGCAACUUCUACGGCUGCUUCUCGCACGUCACCAACAAGGCGUACCUGUACACGCUGCUCUCGCUCUCCGAGAUCAUCCCGUUCCUCCUCAUGCUCGCCGUGAGCGUGGCCACCAUCGUCAAGCUGUGCCGCCACAAGCACCGCACGGAACCGCAGCUGCGCGUCAACAACUGGGUCGGGAUGCCCCUCCGACGGGCGGCGCACAUCCACGCCGCCUACCUCAUCGUCCUGCUCGGCCUCGUGUUCGCCAGCUGCUGGGGAGUUUACUUCGUGAGCACCCUCAUCGGCAUCUACAUGCUGGACGACGUGUCGGACUCGCUCGUGUUCACGGUGAGGCUCGCAUCGAUGGUGUACCCGACCGUCAGCCCGUACAUCAUCGGCCUGGGCAACCCCAAGUUGAUGAACAGAGUGAAGGGCUGCUGCACGCCGUGAGCUGCGAGGCUCUGGACACGUGGCCCCGCCCCCACCCCCC